AUGACAGAGUCUUACAACAACCAGGUCUUCGACUCCGCAGUCUUCCUUGUCUUUUGCAACCGCUCCCUCGGAGUGCUCUGUGGUAUGCUGGCGGUGCUCUGGCAGAAGGAGCCCCUGCGGUCCGGCGCGCCGGUGUGGAAGUAUGCGAUAGUUUCCUUCAGCAACGUCUUCGCCAGCAGCUGCCAGUACGAGGCUCUCAAGUACGUCUCCUUCACGGUGCAGAUGCUUGGGAAGAGCUUUAAGAUGAUACCUGUCAUGAUUUGGGGCAUCCUCAUUGACGGCAAAAGCUAUAGCUUCCAGGACUGGAUCGUGGCUGCAGCGAUCACCGGUGGAGUCCUCGACUUCCUGCUUAUGGGUCCCACCACGUCACACAGGCUGCAGCACUCACCGGAGUACGAUAGACCUGGCUAUGGGUACUUCCUGAUGGUGUCCUUUUUGGCACUGGACGGGCUGACCUCGUCGCUUCAGGAGAAGCUUUUCAAGGAGCACCAAACUACUAGGUCGAAUCAGUGGCUCUACGUGAACGCGUGCUCCUGCAUCAUCACGGGCCUUCUCCUCCUCGCCGAGGGCGCCUUCCUGCCGUCUCUCGACUUCCUGUUCCAACAUCACGUCUUUGCGACAGACACCGUGGUCUUGUCCUCCUCCGCCGUCGUCAGCCAAUUCUUCAUCUACGCGCAGGUUCAAGAGUUCGGCGCUUUGGCCUAUGCUGCGACGAUGAACGCACGGCAGGUGUUCUCCAUCCUCGGAUCCUACGCGCAGUUUGGACACUCCAUCACCAGCCUGCAGAUAGCGGGGCUGCUGCUGGUCUUCGUUGCUCUGGGCUACAACUCCAUCAAGAUCGCGAUGGAGUCCUCGAUGCCGGAGAAGCAGCGGAUUCUACAG